AUGACUUUACUCCCUGGUACCAGGUUGCUUCCUUUCCUACGCGCAGGGAGUUGGGCCUCCACACGCACAACGCCCCGGCAUUCCUCCUUACUCAAUACUGACGCUCAAACGUUCGUUGGUCUCUCUGGCUCGCAGAUCAUUCUAAACGUUCUCGCCCGAAACGGCGUUGAGCACGCAUUUGCAUACCCUGGAGCAGCCAACGUACAUCUUCUAGAUGUCGCCUGCACAGAUGUCCGCAUCAAGUUGUUCAUGCCUCGCCACGAACAAGGCGCAGGGCACAUGGCCGAAGGAUACUCUCGCGUGGCAGGUAAACCUGGUGUUGCUUUCGUCACAUCAGGACCAGGCGCCACGAAUGUAAUAACCGCGUUGCAGGAUGCUAUGAGCGAUGGCAUCCCCUUGAUUGUCAUCGCUGGUCAAGUCGCCUUAAAAGAGCUGGGGACUGGCGCAUUCCAAGACGCCGACAUCGUGAGCAUGACUCAACCGUGCACGAAAUGGGCGACCAUGGUGGGAGAUGUCGAGGACCUACCAGCGUAUAUCGACGAGGCCUUCCGGAUCGCCACCUCCGGUAGACCAGGUCCAGUGCUGCUCAGCCUUCCUAAGGAUAUCCUUGCAAGCACUCUUCGUGACGACGGACCACGGAUAAAAACCAUCAUAUCACCGUCCCUUCCUCUCCAAAUUAGGCCUCCACCACCUCAUUCGUCCAAGCCACCCGCAGCCCAGGUUCUCAAGAGCAUCAGCGAGGCAGCUGCGCGUAUCAACAACUCAAAAAUGCCGCUUAUUAUCGCUGGUGUGGGUGUUUUGUCGUCUCCAGAUGGUCCACGGCUCUUGAAGGAGCUGGCCCUUCGAGGCAAUAUCCCCGUAGCUACAACUUUGCACGGUUUGGGUGCCUUCGACGAAGACCACCCGCUUAGCCUGCAUAUGCUCGGCGUCCACGGGAGCGUGUACGGUAACUACGCUGUGCAAAGGGCAGACACCAUCCUCGUUCUAGGGGCGCGUUUGGACGACCAUGUCACCGCAAACAUCGAUGGGUUUGCCCCUGCGGCUCGAUCAGCCGGGAGGUACGGUCGCGGCGGCAUCAUUCACUUUGAAAUCGACCCCAGAAACACGAAUAGGAUCAUCGACGCUCACAUUCCAGUCAUUGGUGAUGUGGUCGAGAAUCUCAAGAUACUCGAUCCGUUGAUCGAACCGCGUGCUCGUAACAAUUGGCUCGAACACGUCAAUGAAUGGAGAACCAAGUUCCCUUUCGUCUAUGAGCCUAGUGCUGAAGGUCAGCGAUUGAAGCCGCAAGAGGUAGUAGAAGAGUUGGAUAGGCAAACGGCCGGUAUGAAGGACGAGGUGCUGAUUACGACCGGGGUCGGGCAUCACCAAAUGUGGGCUGCGCAGUUCUAUACUUGGAAGGAGCCGCGAUCGUUGAUAUCGUCAGGGGCUCUUGCGACCAUGGGCUUUGGACUUCCUGCUGCAAUCGGUGCCAAAGUGGCCAGACCAGACAGGAUUGUCGUGGACAUAGAUGGAGAUGCAUCUUUCCUCAUGUCAGGCUUGGAACUCGCCUCUGCCGCUGAAUAUAGCAUCGGCGUGAAGGUGCUCAUAAUGAAUAAUAACGCGCAGGGGAUGGUUUACCGAUGGCAAAAACUCAUGUUUGAUGAUCGCUUUGCGUUGACCCGCAUGGCCAAUCCAGAUUUCGCGCUGCUGGCUCAGUCAAUGGGCGUACACGCUAUUGAAUGUCGAACCGCGAAAGAACUUCCGGAAAAGAUGAAAGAAUUUUUGACGUAUGAUAACAAUCUUCCAAUUGUGAUGGUUUGUCAGGUCGAUGAGGAGGAAGCGCUGUAUCCGAUUGUUCCACCUGGAAAAGCUAUUCAUGAGCUCGUCAUGCACCCAUCUCUGCCACUCAAUCCUGUAUACAAAUAA